AGGAGGAGGAAGAUGGCGGGAGGGCGGCUCUGAGGAGACCUCGGCGGCGGCGGAGGAGGAGAGAAGCGCAUCGCCGCGCCGCGCCGGGGCCCAUGUGGGGAGGAGUCGGAGUCGCUGUUGCCGCCGCCGCCGCCGCCGCCGCCUGUAACUGCUGGAUCCGAGUGGGAGUGAGGGGGAGACGGCAGGAUGAAGUUCGCCGAGCACCUCUCCGCGCACAUCACUCCCGAGUGGAGGAAGCAAUACAUCCAGUAUGAGGCUUUUAAGGACAUGCUGUACUCAGCUCAGGACCAGGCACCUUCUGUGGAAGUUACAGAUGAGGACACAGUAAAGAGGUAUUUUGCCAAGUUUGAAGAAAAAUUUUUCCAAACCUGUGAAAAAGAACUUGCCAAAAUCAACACAUUUUAUUCAGAAAAGCUCGCAGAGGCUCAGCGCAGGUUUGCUACACUUCAGAAUGAACUUCAGUCAUCACUGGAUGCACAGAAAGAAAGCACUGGUGUUACUACACUGCGACAACGCAGAAAGCCAGUCUUCCACCUGUCCCAUGAGGAACGUGUCCAACAUAGGAAUCUUAAAGACCUUAAACUGGCCUUCAGCGAGUUCUACCUCAGUCUUAUCCUGCUGCAGAACUAUCAGAAUCUGAAUUUUACAGGGUUCCGAAAAAUCCUUAAAAAGCAUGACAAGAUCCUGGAAACAUCUCGUGGAGCAGAUUGGCGAGUGGCUCAUGUAGAAGUAGCCCCAUUUUAUACAUGCAAGAAAAUCAACCAGCUCAUCUCUGAAACUGAGGCUGUAGUGACCAAUGAACUUGAAGAUGGUGACAGACAAAAAGCUAUGAAGCGUUUACGUGUUCCCCCUUUGGGAGCUGCUCAGCCUGCACCAGCAUGGACUACUUUUAGAGUUGGCCUAUUUUGUGGAAUAUUCAUUGUACUGAAUAUUACCCUUGUGCUUGCCGCUGUAUUUAAACUUGAAACAGAUAGAAGUAUUUGGCCCUUGAUAAGAAUCUAUCGCGGUGGCUUUCUUCUGAUUGAAUUCCUUUUUCUACUGGGCAUCAACACGUAUGGUUGGAGACAGGCUGGAGUAAAUCAUGUGCUCAUCUUUGAACUUAAUCCGAGAAGCAAUUUGUCUCAUCAGCAUCUCUUUGAGAUUGCUGGAUUCCUCGGGAUAUUGUGGUGCCUGAGCCUUCUGGCAUGCUUCUUUGCUCCAGUUAGUGUCAUCCCCACAUAUGUGUACCCACUUGUCCUUUAUGGGUUUAUGGUUUUCUUUCUCAUCAACCCCACCAAAACUUUCUAUUAUAAAUCCCGGUUUUGGCUGCUUAAACUGCUGUUUCGAGUAUUUACAGCCCCCUUCCAUAAGGUAGGCUUUGCUGAUUUCUGGCUGGCCGAUCAGCUGAACAGCCUGUCAGUGAUACUGAUGGACCUGGAAUAUAUGAUCUGCUUCUACAGUUUUGAGCUCAAAUGGGAUGAAAGUGGGGGCCUGUUGCCAAAUGAUUCAGAAGAACCAGAAAUUUGCCACAAUUACUCAUAUGGUGUGCGGGCUAUUGUUCAGUGCAUUCCUGCUUGGCUUCGCUUUAUCCAGUGCCUGCGCCGAUACCGAGACACAAAAAGGGCCUUUCCUCAUUUAGUUAAUGCUGGGAAAUACUCCACGACUUUCUUCACGGUGACGUUUGCAGCCCUUUACAGCACUCACAAAGAACGAGGUCACUCAGACACCGUAGUGUUCUUUUACCUGUGGAUCGUCUUUUGUAUCAUCAGUUCCUGUUACACCCUCAUCUGGGAUCUGAAGAUGGACUGGGGUCUUUUUGAUAAGAAUGCAGGAGAAAACACUUUCCUCCGGGAAGAGAUUGUAUACCCCCAAAAAGCCUAUUAUUACUGUGCCAUCAUAGAGGAUGUGAUCCUGCGCUUUGCUUGGACUAUCCAAAUCUCAAUUACCUCCAUGACUUUGUUGCCUCAUUCUAGGGACAUCAUUGCUACUGUCUUUGCUCCCCUUGAGGUUUUCCGGCGAUUUGUGUGGAACUUCUUCCGCCUGGAGAAUGAACAUCUGAAUAACUGUGGUGAAUUCCGUGCUGUGAGGGACAUCUCUGUGGCCCCUCUGAAUGCAGAUGAUCAGACGCUUCUAGAGCAGAUGAUGGACCAGGAAGACGGGGUACGAAACCGCCAGAAGAAUCGGCCAUGGAAGUACAGCCAGAGCAUAUCCCUGCGCCGGCCUCGCCUUGCUUCUCAAUCCAAGGCUCGUGACACUAAGUUCUUUCCUCGACCAACGCAACCUCUAGUACCUUUCCAGCCGAAAACAGGAGAAGACAUAUAACACAUUUUCCGAGCUCUUCCAGAUCGGAUCCUAUGGACUCCAAACAAGCUCACUGUGUUUCUUUUCUUUUCUUCUGGUUUAAUUUUCAUUUUCUACUUUUAAAACAAAUAUUUACUUCAUUUUGCCAAUCAGAGGACAUUUUAAGGAACAAAAACAUAGUAUCUUAUGGAUUGUUUACAAUCACAAGGACACAGAUACCUGUCAGGAUGAAGAACAAGCAUUGCAAGGACCCUCUGAUGGGACGGUACCGAGAUAUCUCGGCUUCCGCUUGGCCCGGUUUUGACUGGUUGAAACCGGACAUUGGUUUUUAAAUUUUUUGUCUGUUUAUGUGGAGAAUUUUUUCCUUUCCUUCAUACCCAGCGCAAAAGCACUGGCCGCACUUGCAGGGAAAGUGCAACUUAGAGCAGUACCUUCAUUCACGAAGCUACUUUUUAAUUUGAUGUAACUUUUCUUAU